GUCAAAAAAUGUAAACACGUAUCGGAAGGAUAAACAAAGCGGCGCAAUAUUUAUCACCGUCACGCGCGCUUUCGAACGUCCAAACGCUACCAGUAACUUCAUGUGAAAUCAAGUAAAUACUACCGCUCCGCUACGAUGAAAGCCCUAGUGAUAAUCGACACUAGCAAGCAAACGCGAAAGGUGGUCCCGGAACACACCCAGGACAUUGGCCGUGGGAAGUUUUUGGAGUGCGAAGACAAACGAGUGUCUCGAACUCAUGGUCGCAUUUCGAAGGAAUCGAAAGGCUCUAAAUUAUUGUUGCGACUGGAAUCGUUGCACAUAAAUUCGAUAUUUUGUCGAAAAAAGGACGGCACCUCGGAUUACCUGCUGAAAAAGGAUGAAACUAUACUGCUAGAAGUGGGCGACAGGUUUCGACUUAUUCAGGACGGCGAUUGGUUUGAGGUGGGAGAAGAUACGGGGGAAGACAUUGAUUCACAAAGCACAGCUAUGUCGGUGGAAAUGGAGAGUCAGAGUGUUACAUUGCAAGAAGAUAUACCAUCCAAACGAAAACAUGAUUCGAAUAACGAAGAGGACCCAUCCAAACGGCAACGAGUAGUAGGUGAGGGUAGCUGCGAGGAACCGUCCACUUCGUCGCAGUCGCUCACAGCCGGUCACUCUGCCGAUCAUGAAAAAACGAUGUCUCAAGAAAGUUGCACAACUGAUACCGGAGAUCCUCCGGCAGUUGCAAUUAAGCCCGAUCCCGACACAUUGCCUACGAAUUGUGGUGCUUCGCCAAAAAUUCAGAUAAAACCCGAUCCGGAUGCUGGAGAAUGUAACACGGGGGCAGGUGUCAUGAACGUCCCGGGACCAUCGACGACUGUUAAUGGACCGCCAGUAUCAGUUAAACCGGAUCCGGAUGGGAUGGGAGGCAAAGUUGGGUUGGGUGCCAUGGGGCCGAGUGUACUGCGUCCUUCCUGUGAUUUCGGAAUACGGUGCUAUAGAGCAGGGCAAGAUCAUCGUAGUGCGUUUGCUCAUCCGGGCGAUCUCGACUAUCGAAGACCGAGUCUACCGCCACCACCGCCGGGUACGCCGAUGUGUCCAUUCGGGGCACGUUGCUAUCGACGAAAUCCGCAGCACUUUCGUGAAUACGAUCAUCCCGAUCCGAGUUUAUAUUUUUAGAUGCUGUUUUACCACGUACGCCAAGACACCAAGGUGCAUCAAGACGGCAAGCCUUCGACACUAUGUCCGACGAAGAAUAUGAUUACGAAUCUGAACCCGAUUUUGAUGAUUCAUCGUCGGACGAAUAUAUCCCUGGCGUGGGCGAGGAUAGCGAUGAUAUGGCGAGCGAAGGCGAGGAAGAUCACGACAGUGGACUAGAUUGUUAAGGCUGUACAAACGCCAUGUUUUGCUAAGCUGAUUAUUUAUAAGAAGUUAUGUUAUUUUGGAUGAUGUUAUGUGCAUUACUAAUAUAAAAAGGAACUCACUAUUUUCCCGAUUGUUA